AUGGAAACAUCAAGCAUGGAGGGGUCUGGUAAAAUGGACAGAGGUGUAGAGACAUUAGAGGGUGGUUGUAGUGAUUCAGGGUAUCUAGGUGGUUGUGAAAGGUCGAGUCACAGAGCACCGGCAACAAAGAGUGGGCAUAUGUCGAUCGAACAUAUGGUUAGUCAAAGUAGUGAUGAUAAUGGUGGUGACAUGAUUGCACCGAGGAAAGAAGAUGUUAUGGGAAAAGAGUUUUAA